AUGGCUUCUGCCACUCAUCCACCCAGCAUCAACCACGUCACUUUCUCCCAAACCACUCUCCCCAAGUCUCACUCCUUUGGCCAGGUUUCACUCCCCAUCCCCACCACCAACAACCGUCUUCACUCCUCCUCCUCCCUCGAACCACAGGGAUUCAUAAACACACUUGUCUCCAACAAUAACACUAAUAAGCAAAUCACUACCACUCUCUACAAAUUGUGGAGAGAGGUUCAAGGGUGCAACGACUGGGAAAACCUACUUAACCCUUUGCAUCCUCUCCUUCGUCAAGAGAUCAUUCGCUACGGCCAGUUCGUGAGGGCUUCUUACAAGGCCUUCGACUUGGAUCCAACCUCCAAGAGAUACCUCAACUGCAAGUACGGCAAGAAUACCAUGUUGAAGCAGGUAGGCAUGGCUGACUCUAGUGAUCAUCACUACCAAGUCACUAAGUACAUCUACGCCACCCCUCCUGACAUCAACAUUAUUCCUCCCUCCGCCCGCUGGAUCGGCUACGUGGCCGUCUCCUCCGACGAAUCCCUUCAAACGCUUGGAAGGAGGGACAUAGUCAUAACCUUCCGGGGAACAGUAACCAACCUGGAAUGGAUUUCCAACCUCAUGAGCGCCCUAACUCCUGCCAAUCUGGAUCCGCAAGAUCCGCGGCCGGAUGUCCAAGUAGAGUCAGGCUUCCUCUCACUCUACACCUCCGAGGAGAGCGCGGACAAGAAGUUCGGCCUCCAGAGCUGCAGAGAGCAGCUCCUCUCGGAGGUGUCGCGGUUGAUGAGGAAGCACAAGGGAGAGAGCGUGAGUAUAACCCUGGCUGGUCACAGCCUGGGUAGCGCUCUCGCUCUCUUGCUUGCCUACGACAUAGCAGAGCUCGGACUCAACAACACUAGCCGUCGGGAGGAGGUGCCCAUAACCGUUUUCUCCUUCGGGGGCCCCAGGGUUGGCAACCUGCAAUUCAAGAAGAGGUGCGAGGAAUUGGGAGUGAAAGUUCUGAGAAUAGCGAACGUGAAUGACCCCAUCACGAAGCUGCCUGGGGUUGUGUUCAACGACGACAACCUGCCAUGGAGUUGUUCCUGUUAUGCCCAUGUGGGCGUGGAACUGCUUCUUGAUUUCUUCAACGUCCAAAACCCUUCUUGUGUGCAUGACUUGGACACCUAUAUUCGCCUUGUUAGAAACCCCAUCGUCAAUAGUAAUAGGGUUCAACAAAAAGAACAACCUCUCAUCAACCUUUUCAUGGAGAAGGCAACACACUUCCUCUCCACCUCCCAAAAUAACAUCAACAUCUUGCCCCAAAUCUUUUCCGCCGCAGCCAACCACCAGCCUGCUUCUUGGUUAACUUCUCUUUCAAGAGACAUUUUAUUUUCAUGCGCUGAUGAACUGCUUUUUUUGGCCUUGUUCCUUUCUUCUUGCACUAUUUAG